AUGGCGGGAAUAGCUGGUCAUGCAUCGACGACUACCGUGGCUAACAUCGAGGAUGCACUUUGGGAACAGGUUAUCGGCAUCAACCUAACUGGAGUCAUGAUAUGUCAGCGGGAAGAAUUGCAGGUCAUGGAGGAUGGUGGGUCUGUGGUGAAUUGUGCCAGUGUGGCCGGUAUCCAAGGAGUCAAAGGACAGGCGGCGUAUUCUGCAAGCAAGCACGGAGUUGUCGGAUUAUCGAAGAGUGCCGCCAAGGAGAUGGCGUUCCGAGGAAUCAGGGUUAAUGUCAUCGCACCCGGUCUGAUUGAUACUCCGAUGAUCAGCGAGGUGAAAGAUAUGGUUGAAGCAGCAUUUGCAGGCCCAGCAGGAGAAGUCGUACCUCUGAAUCGGGUUGGAAGUCCGCAUGAAGUUGCUAGCCUCGUGGCAUUUCUGCUCAGUGACGAGGCCCCUUUCAUCACUGGUGCAGUUCAAGUCAUUGAUGGGGGCUCUGCAGCUUAG